UAUAAACUUAUUCUCAAGGUCAAAACCAAGUGAAGGGAGAAAUUGAGAAACUGCGCCAACUUCCAGUUACAAGGACAAUGAUGUCGCAAUUUUUCAAGAGGAUGUAAUAUUACCAUCAUAUAUUUAAAGUUCAGUUUUACAGUGUGACGCUUCAUCAUUGUGAUGUAACUUAUCAUGUUAUCCAUAAAAUUGGGGAAAAUAUUGUUUCAAGGGCGAUCAGUUUUUGUAAAGGAGGAGCUACAUCAACAGACCAGACAAAUUUGGGGAUGGCUCAACUCGGUUUUUAAUCGGGUGGAUGAGAGUCGAAUCAAGGAGGUGGGGCCGGACCGUGCUUGCGCCGAGUGGUUGCUGCGAUGUGGGGCAGGGGUCAAGUGGGACACAGGUUCGGACGAAUUUCUUCGCGACUACAACUCCCUCCCCGUCGGCAACUACAGACUUUUGCACAUUUUGGAAGUGGAUGCUACGGACUCGGCCGUAAUGCUCAUUGGAUUCCCACAUUUCCGUGGAGUGAAUAAAGUAAGGAAAGCCAUCUUUCACCGAUGUGGAUACAUUGAAGAUGAUGCCGUGGCAGCAUUGGGAUAUUUGAAAGAUAGCCUUCGCGAUUUGCAACUGUCCUCUUGUGGAAAUGUUACCGAUGCUGGAAUUCUGACCCUCACUCAGAUGAAGAAUUUGGAACGCUUGUAUCUUUACGAUUUCCUGGAAGUACGGAACAGGAAAAAAUGCAUUGCGGAAUUGGAGAAAGCUCUGCCCAAUUGUAAAAUUAUAUUUCCCUUUGCCAGGGAGGAGGACAGGGAUGAGAAAUAAUUAAAAUAGCACAGCAACCCCAAACAAUAAGCAGUUAGUUAUAAACUUUACUUACUCAUAUGUUGUAAAUAUCAUAUUAGCUGGCGAGUUAAGUAAAGGCAAAAAGAAUAACAUUACGAAAA